UUCCGCAUUUUUCCUCUGUGUAUGAAACGGAGCGCUCGCUGGGUCUACAGUAGGCUACACUAUAAAAAGCCACUAUGGUGCUUACAUUCGCGACAUUCAUCUCAAGACCCCGACUGGGCUGCAUGAUAUCCGGAGGACUAUCUAGUGGAGGUAAACCACCGAACAACUGGAGCUGUGCAGCCCCCAAGCUUGUGAGCUUCUCAUACGCCGAACCCCACAACUGGACGGUGUGGACACUCUCCCCGACGGUCAGACACCCUGCCGACCAUCGAUGGAACACCAAAAAACAGACAUGGACGUCGAGUCCCUGCGGAGGAGCGGCCGCCGCGGCAGCUGCCUGGACGCCUGUCUCGUCAUGUCCGUCGCUUUUCUGUUUGCAGCGGUGACAGCUGUGGCUGCCGGCGGAGCGAUGGUCGCGAUGGACCUGCAGUCCAAAGUGAAACCGCCGCUUCAGCCGCUUGAGUAUGAGAAGUCACAGUUGGCAGGACCCACUGUUUACCCAAGAUACAAGAUGCAGAAUUUUGCCUACCUGAAAGCCAAUUCAAGUGAGUUGAAGAACUCCACCAUGCACUGGGCUCCAGUCUACUAUGGUGCUGGUAUGUCUGUAGGGAGCAACUUCUUGUUUAAUCCAGAGCAACAGUCGCUGAAGCCAGAACGGUCAGGGAUGUACUUCAUGUACAUCGAUCUGAACUUCACCUGCACCUACACGUGCGAGGCAGGCCUCCUCAGCGUAAGUGUGGGCAGUAAGCUCACCUGCGAGGUGGAGCUUCCAGUUUCGAACAGUUCAACACCUGUGAGCAAGAAGUGCUGGGCUGUGACCCAGAUGGAUGGGGAGAAACUGUUUACCCAGAUGACAGUACCAGAAAAAGGACUGCAGCACUGGAAACUGACGCUGGAGACCUCAGGAUUCGGGAUGUUCCUCGUGGACUAAUAUGGACAUUGUAGUGCUACUAACGUCAUCCAGAUAAAGAUGUGCUCAGGACCUGUGGGUCGUACCUAAAGAACAACACUGCUUGUGUUUUCUUCAAGUCGAAGCAGGUGAAAUGGGCAGGCGCUGGCACCAUUUUCAAGACUAAAGGUGUAAGACGAUGCAUCUUAGCAGGAUUUUAAGAUGGGAUCUCAGGAGAAGUUGCAGUUAUGAUAAUGCAAACAGCGCAUGGAAAAGAGCUGACACUCAUCUCAUUCUAUGUCAGUAUGAAAAUGUUACUCUGUAUGUGCUAUAUUUAUUUGGUGAUAUUGAACUAUUUAUGUACUGUAUGUAAUAUUUAUAAUAGUGUUGCUACUUUUUAUAGAAAUGUUAUUGUCAUGUAGAUACCACUACAUUAGUGUUGAUGUGCAAUACACUGCAUUUUUAAGCAGCCUACAUUGGGUUACAUGUGACUUUAUAGCUCUUUUUUUUAAAAAUAAAAAUCUGCGAGCAUAAGGUUGAGGCUUAUAAAAAAGGUAUGAUCAUAAUUCUGUUCCAAAACCCAAACAAGGACUUCAGGGACCUCAUUUAAUUUUACUGUAGUUAAGUGGAGUCAUUAAAUCAUUUCUGAGAAAGGAUGAGUAACAGUAUUGAGUAAGACUAUGCACUUAAAAUAACUUUUGUAGCAACAAGGACCAACAGAAAUGACCCCAUUUCUGAAAACAUGACCUGAAUUACUAAAAUAUCUUUUAUAUGUGCGCUGAAUUGAGAAAAUGUUUUAUAAGUCCUAUGGACAAACUAGACAUGGUUGAAUGUAUUGUAUUGUAAU